AUGGGCAAACUUACAUCCACCAUCGGCAUCCCGAUCAAGCUGCUCAACGAGGCACAGGGACAUGUCGUUACUUUAGAACUCACCUCGGGCCAGGUCUACCGCGGCAAGCUUCUCGAGGCCGAGGACAACAUGAACGUACAACUCAAAGACAUCACCGCCACGGCUCGAGAUGGUCGGGUGUCGCAUCUGGAUCAAGUCUAUAUCCGAGGCAGCCACGUACGAUUUUUCAUUGUUCCCGAUAUGUUGAGGAACGCGCCUAUGUUCAGAACCCGGGGCAUUAGAGGCCGUGGUGUUGGUCUGGCAAGAGGAAGGGCUACAGUCAAUCGGGCGAGAGCAGGAAGGAGGAACUAA